AUGGAACAGCCAUAUCAGGAUCUGGAGAGCCAUACCCUGACAUAUGUCGAGCCCCAGAAUCGUCGUCAGUCACAGGGCGGCUUGACGGUCGACACCAACAUGCGGGGGCGCACGAAUUUCCGUCGGCAGAAAUCGCUCGUACGACCCGAGCGUGAGCGCGUAGACCGCAGCCAUCCUCAAUACUUUUACAGGAACGCGACGCAGAACCUUGAUGGUUCCCAUGUCAAGGUGCAGCCCUCCACAACAGGCACUGACCCCACCGGAGGAACUGUGCCUGGUCGGUCAGCUGGAGGCGUGCGCCGUGGCAAAAGUGUGCUGGGUCGCGAGAUUGAGAAGCCAGGACAGAUGCGCACAAAAACAAAAGCAUCGCCAUCCAAGCGCAAGAUCAUUGGCGACAUCAAGAAUCCGCUCAAGAAAGACAAGCGGGAAUGGCCCUCCAAGUGGAUCGUAUACUACAACGCCGUUACAUGCUGCUUCCCCGCAGCGCUCUUAAAGUCCUGUGGAAUGCACACGGCAGAGAUCCAGAGGGCAUGGCGCGAAAAGAUUGCAUUGGUGUCGCUGAUCAUUAUGAUGGUCGGGGCAGUUGCCUUCUUGACAUUCGGACUUCAACAGGCAUUGUGUCGAGAGGAACAGAGCGGAAAGUUCGUCGCUGGAUCGAGACCGGAGAAUGUUAUCGUCAACGGCAUGGGCUACUACUUCAACGCCGAGGAUACCGGAAAUGGCGAACCUGCUUGGAUGCACCCCACACUGAACAAGGACAUCUCGAGCGAGCCUAUCGACAUCAUGAACGACCCUACUUAUGGUGCCAAGGGUAUGGAUGCCUCGUUCUUGUUCCAGGAAGCCGCUGGAGGAGCCUGUGAGGGACUAGUUGCGCGCAACACACCCGCCACGCCUACAGACACCCAGGCCAACUACUACUUCCCCUGCGUUAUGAGAAACAUUAAUGGAGCUACUUCUGUUAAUGCGACUGUGGAUAAGUCCGGCGCUGCCUGUCACACUCCACCUGCAGACCGAACUUUCUGGAACACGCUCAAGAGCAAGUACAACGCUCCUGCCUAUUAUACAUGGGACAACAUCACGAAUCCGGACCGCAAUUUUUUUGCCUACGAUGGCGAUGUCAUUGAUGCAGAUAUUCUCAAGUGGAUCAAGCCCGAGUUCACCCUGGAUGAGGACAUGAACGCCCUGCGCAAUGGAUCCAUCCGUCUUCAAAGAGAUUUGUCGUUCCUCUUUGUGCAAAAGAAAAUGACCAAGAUCGGUGCCUGUCUUAAGCAGGUCGCCCGAGUCGGCGCCAUGGAUUCUAAGACGAUCGGGUGUGUGACCUCGGACGUUAUCACCUAUGUUUCUCUGGUCAUCAUCUUAGGAGUCGUCUUCAUCAAGUUCUUCCUGGCUGUCUUCUUUGGGUGGUUCCUGAGCCAUCGCCUGGGAGGAUUCGACAACGAAACUUACCAGGACCGCAUGAAGCGUGCGGAGCAAAUUGAGGCAUGGAGUUCAGAUAUUAGCCGGCCAGCCUUUGCCAACGGCAAACGCUCUACCAUUUUCCCAACGACAUCGCGAUUCACACCUACGCUGAACAACCCUGGUAUUGGAGCUGGUCUCUCGUCUUCAACUCUUGCCGUCCCCAAUGCAAGACCCAUGUCGACCUUCAACCGUCCUAACAGCAUCUUCAACAAGCCAUAUACACCACCAGGUUCUCCGGGUAUCAACCCUGCUUUCCUUUCUGCAUCGUCCGCUUCAAAUUCAUCCCUCAACCGUGGAUCCUACCUUAACCAGUCGCUGGGCCCCAACGGAACACCACCACCAUCGCCUCCUCCUCUGCCCAACCCCAUGAGACCCGCCAGCGUGAGCAGCUUUGGAGGUCUGCGCAACAUGUCCCGCCGCUCCUCAACAUCGUCUUCUACAGCUACCCCGGCCAGCAACUGCCCUGUGCCUGUUUCACCAUUUGUCAUUCCUCAACCUCCGGUAUCCUAUCAGCCUUUCAACUUCCCUCUGAUUCACACCAUGGCCCUGGUCACUUGUUAUUCAGAAGGCGUUGAUGGAUUGCGCACGACUUUGGAUUCGAUUGCUACGACAGACUAUCCCAACUCGCACAAGCUGAUUGUCAUUAUCUGCGAUGGUAUGAUUAUUGGAGCCGGCAAUAAUAUGUCGACGCCUGACAUCUGCUUGUCGAUGAUGCAGGACGAUCUUGUGCCCCGCGACGAAGUUAUUGCCCACUCGUACGUUGCCAUUGCUGAUGGUACCAAGCGCCACAACAUGGCUAAGGUGUACGCCGGGUUCUACAAGUACGAUGAUGAGACCGUCCCGGAUAAGAAGUUGCAGAAGCGCGUACCUGUGUGCCUGAUUGUCAAGGUCGGAGGUCCCACCGAGCAGAACAUGCCUAAGCCCGGAAACCGAGGCAAGCGCGAUUCUCAGAUUAUUCUGAUGGGCUUCUUGCAGCACGUCAUGUUUGACGAGCGCAUGACUUCGUUCGAGUACGAGCUCUUCAACACGAUCUGGCGCCUCACUGGUGUUGCUCCAGACCGGUACGAGAUUAUUCUCAUGGUGGAUGCCGAUACGAAAGUCUACCCUGACUCUUUGUCCCGUAUGAUUGCAGCGAUGGCUCACGACCACGAAAUCAUGGGACUCUGUGGAGAGACCAAGAUUGCCAACAAGACCGACUCAUGGGUCAGCAUGAUUCAAGUCUUUGAGUACUAUAUUUCACAUCAUAUGUCCAAGGCCUUCGAGUCCAUGUUCGGAGGUGUGACCUGUCUGCCAGGAUGUUUCUGUAUGUACCGCAUCAAGGCGCCCAAGGGACCCAACGGCUACUGGGUGCCCAUUCUGGCGAACCCGGAUAUUGUCGAGCAUUAUUCUGAGAACGUUGUCGACACGCUUCACAAGAAGAACCUGUUGUUGCUGGGAGAAGAUCGAUACCUCAGUACGCUCAUGUUGAGGACGUUCCCUAAGCGUAAGAUGAUGUUUGUCCCUCAGGCGAUCUGCAAGACUGUUGUGCCGGAUACGUUCAAGAUUCUGCUUUCACAGCGCCGUCGCUGGAUCAACUCGACAAUCCACAACUUGAUGGAGUUGGUCCUCGUCCGCGAUCUUUGCGGUACCUUCUGCUUUUCUAUGCAGUUUGUCAUUUUCAUGGAGUUGGUCGGAACAGUCGUAUUACCUGCUGCUAUUUCGUUCACUAUCUACCUGGUCACGAUCUCGAUCUACGGCGCGAUCUCACACGACCCGAAGGUUCCCAAUACGACGGUGCCCUUGCUUCUGCUGGCUGCCAUUCUUGGAUUGCCUGCCGUGUUGAUCGUGAUGACCUCGCGCAAGAUGGUCUAUGUCGGCUGGAUGAUGGUGUACCUAUGUUCGAUCUUUGUCUGGAACUUUGUGUUGCCUGCUUACGCUUACUGGCACUUUGACGACUUUUCUUGGGGUCAGACACGUAUGGUUGCUGGAGAAGUUGCCGGAGCGGACCAUGGUGGCAAGGAAGGUCAAUUCGACAGCUCGCACAUCACUAUGAAACGUUGGGGCGAGUGGGAGAAGGAGCGCCGCAAGAAGGCCGCCAUCUUGGCUGGUUUGCCCACGCCCCAGUUCAUGGUCUCGGACUCUGAGGAUUGGAUGAGCCAGGUCAGGGAGGAAGAGUUAUCGGACGAGAGCUCGAGCUCGCGUAGGACUGGAGACAGCGCACAGCCAUUUGCCAGGCAUAUGACCACAGGUUCCUCCGGUUCGACGGGUGGCUAUUCGCUUUCAGACACCAUGGUCUACCCAGGAUCCGGUUUGGAUUCGAUCCCAUUGUUGAACAUGCACGCGCCAGCACCUGGUGGAACGAUAGGAAGACAAAGCGUGGCAUUCAUCGGCUCACAUAAUCCGUUUGAAGGUCCAGACCGGAACUCGACCCUGACUCCACCAGGGAUGAGUUAUACUCCCAACCGUCAGCACACGCCCUCGCCAAAGCUGGGUAGUAAUCUGGUGGGAGCAAGUUACACACCGCCGCCUCUACCACCAAGCGGUCCUCGCUUGAAUUCGAUUGACACACGGGCAGCGUCACCAACCCCACUUCUGAGUGGCAGCAAUACCACUGAUUCGAGGACAGCGUUGCCAAUGCCACGACAGGAUUUUUAA